GCACAGACAACCAUGGGGAAAUCCUCAAAAGAUAAGCGUGAUGCCUACUACCGACUCGCCAAGGAACAGAAUUGGCGUGCGCGAUCCGCCUUCAAGCUGAUCCAGAUCGACGAGCAAUUCGAUCUAUUCGAACAUGAGAACCCAGAGAAGGUGACUCGGGUCGUCGAUCUCUGCGCCGCUCCAGGCAGCUGGAGUCAAGUUUUGAGCCGAGUCCUCAUCAAGGGCGAGAGUUUUGGUCGAAGGGCGUGGGUCGAGAAGAAGCGCAAGGAGCAAGCAGCGUUGGCGCAACUGAACGCAGUCGGAGAAGCGGGCAAGAACAACGAGGAUGCAGAGAAGAAAUUAGAGGAGGACACCGAUUCAUCUGCAUUGAAGCCACGCAAGAACGUCAAGAUCGUUUCUAUUGAUCUUCAGCCCAUGGCGCCCCUGCAGGGUAUUACAACCCUGCAAGCCGACAUCACCCACCCGUCUACCAUCCCCCUCCUCCUUCGGGCAUUGGACCCCGAAGCCUACGACUCUACAACCUCCUCUUCUCCCCAUGCAGUCCGCCAGCCACACCCGGUGGAUCUUGUUAUAUCCGACGGUGCCCCGGACGUGACUGGGUUGCACGAUCUGGAUAUUUACAUCCAAUCCCAGCUUCUCUACUCUGCACUCAACCUAGCUCUGGGUGUUCUUCGACCCGGAGGCAAAUUUGUCGCAAAAAUCUUCCGUGACCGCGACGUGGAUCUUCUAUACGCUCAACUCCGAACAGUCUUCGAAAGGGUGAGUGUUGCAAAGCCCCGGAGCAGCCGUGCUAGUAGUCUGGAAGCCUUUGUAGUGUGCGAGGGGUUCAUCCCCCCGGCUGUGCACGAUGGUCUACUUGGCAUGGAUUCCUUAAAAAGCCCCCUGUUUGGCGGUGCUGCUAUUCCUCCGCAGGUAUCCGCGGACGGCAACGUUGCACUUGAAGUACCAGAAGAGGACUACGAAGUAUCUACAGCGGUACAACCUGUGACUUUAACCGGCUCCAUAAAGGACAACCAGACCCGCCAGCUACAUGCAGAGUCAGGGAACGCAUCCACGCCAGAACCCCUCUCCAACAAGCCUCAGAAAUUCGCUGCUGAAAACAGGUGGAUUCCGUCUUUUAUUGCCUGUGGGGAUCUCUCGGCCUGGGACUCCGACGCUUCUUACUCUCUUCCUCCUGACCAUGUUAGCUUGGACCCUGUUCAACCACCCAUGGCUCCACCGUACCGGCGAGCUCUUGAGUUGAGGAAAGAAAAAGGAGGCGCCUACGGCAAGACUAAGAUGGGGACUAUGGGACGUGCAUGAGACAUGUUGGCGGUUGAGUUCACAAAUACUUGAAAUAAUAAUUAGACUUAUCACCCUUUUUUCUUUUUUUCUUUCGAGGGUCUAUUAUUCAAUUUCUCAUAUGAAGAAGAGGUUCUAAGAUUUUACAUUUUUAGAACGGUUACAGGCGAGGCCUAUGGAGUAUGUAUAACUAUAGUGG